UGGCUGAGGUAUGGGAUACUCAUCGGAGAUGUAUUUAUUAUAUCCGUAAAUAUUUUUGGCACGCUAUUACAGAUAUGUUAUAUAUUAAUUUAUAUUUUAUAUAACGUGAAAAGAUCGACUACUAUCAAGCAAUUUACAGUAGCAAUUUGUUUGGUUCUACUUAUCUAUCUCUACAGCAUUUAUCAAAAAGAUAGAGUUUUGGCUGAAAAAUAUAUAGGAUUUCUGAGUUGCAGCUUGACUAUAUUAUUCUUCGCAUCACCAUUAAUUUCUCUCGCACACGUAAUAAGAAUGAAAACAACAGAAAGUUUACCAUUUCCAGUUAUAAUGGCCUCUACGAUAGUAUCCUGCCAAUGGUUCGCAUACGGAUGUCUACUCAACGAUCAAUUUAUACAAAUACCAAAUUUUAUGGGUUGCGUUCUAUCAGCUUUUCAACUUUCCUUCUUUUUGAUUUAUCCGAGUAAACGAAUGGAUCAAGUUCAUCUUAUAUGACAACAUUGGUUAUAAUUUUGUACGUGCGUUAACGAGAUGUAUCAACGUUGAUGUUAUAUAAAAGUUGUCGGGUAAGUACUCGUGGUAUAUAAAAGGCUUUUAUAUACCACGAGUACUUGGAUAACUUUUCACAGCGAUGUAUCUUUAUUUUACUCGAUAUUUGUAGGUUCCUGUAAAUAUAAACCUUAGUAGUAUAGGAAUCGUCGAACAUUUGGCAUUAAUUUUAUCGAGGGAAAA